AUGACCUAUUCUAUUGCACCUUAUCCCCUGCACCGUUCAUCUUUCUUCUUUUUCUCUACGCAUAUAUUUCUAUUAUACUCUCUCGUUCACAUCUCAAUGCUGUCACGAUAUCAGUGUAUCUGUAUCACCUUCACCUUACCUGGUCGCCGUAGGACUAUGAGACUGACACUAGGACUCGUAUGGUGGGCUGUAAGCUAUCAUGUGACUUUGAGCCCCGGGUCUUCGCUUGGGUCCAACACACAACACAGCGUCCUCGAUAUUAAUCCCAACGACAGUUCUCAGCCCAACUCAAUUAGUUCAUCUCAAAUAAUCAUUCAACCCCCAUCAACCCUUGCUACCAUGUUCCAUGGCGACGCAGUACCGCCUUCUUUGAAAUGA